AUGGGUAGGAGUUUGGAAAUGGCAACUAUGGCCGAGCCUCAAAAAAUGACCCUUAAUGGUUACGUAGGGUUUGAUUCCAUCACCCGACAAAUCGAAAAGAAAUUACUGAAACGUGGUUUUCAGUUCAACGUUAUUGUUGUCGGUCAAACUGGGCUUGGUAAAUCAACCCUUAUUAACACCAUUUUUGCUGCCCACUUGAUUGACAGCAAAGGUCGUACCAGUGCUGAAGAACCUUUCAGGCAAACGACUGAAAUCCAAACCGUUUCACAUUUAAUUGAAGAAAACGGCAUCCGUUUGAGGCUAAAUAUCGUUGACACCCCUGGAUAUGGUGAUCAGGUCAACAAUGAAAAUUGUCUUAAGCCCAUCGAUAUUGUGGUGCUUAAAAAACUUUCGGAGGUGGUCAAUGUCGUUCCUGUUAUUGCCAAAUCUGACUCUUUAACCAUGGAAGAGCGCGUGGCUUUUAAACGAAGGAUAAAGUCCGAAUUGGCUUUUCACAAUAUUAAAUUAUAUCCUUAUGAUAGUGAUGAACUUGAUGAACAUGAACGAGCUCUCAAUGAUAGUAUUAAGCAAAUGAUUCCCUUUGCGAUUGUUGGAUCGGAAAAAAAUGUGGUCAUUGACGGCAAGUCUGUCCGUGGUCGAAGAAACAGAUGGGGCGUUAUUAACGUUGAAAACGAACAACAUUGUGAAUUCGUCCAUCUUAGAGAUUUUCUUACUCGAACCCAUCUUCAAGAUCUUAUUGAAACUACUGCCCAGAUUCAUUAUGAAGCCUUCCGUUCUAAGCAGAACGGUAUUUUUGCUAAUCUAGUUCAAGUUGAUAAAUUUUUUCUUAAAAAGUAG